CGGCGCCUGCGCAGUCGGCCCGCGGCCCCGUCCCCGGUCCUGUCGGCGCCGUCGCCCCGUCCCCCGCUGCAAGGGCCGAAGAUGGCCGGCUGGCAGAGCUACGUGGACAACCUCAUGUGCGAUGGCUGCUGCCAGGAGGCCGCCAUCGUCGGCUACUGCGACGCCAAGUACGUGUGGGCCGCCACGGCGGGGGGGAUCUUCCAGAGCAUUACGCCCAUAGAAAUAGAUAUGAUCGUAGGAAAAGACCGAGAAGGUUUCUUCACCAAUGGUUUGACUCUUGGGGCAAAGAAGUGCUCAGUGAUCAGAGAUAGUCUAUAUGUUGAUGGUGAUUGCACAAUGGACAUCAGGACAAAGAGUCAAGGUGGUGAACCAACAUAUAAUGUUGCUGUAGGCAGAGCUGGCCGAGCAUUGGUUAUAGUCAUGGGAAAGGAAGGUGUCCAUGGAGGGACACUCAACAAGAAAGCAUUUGAACUCGCGUUAUACCUGAGGAGGUCUGACGUGUAAGCAGCCUCUCCCCGUCCACCUAGCAACUGUCCUCAUCGGCACCCAAGUGUUCCCAGUGCUACCAGACAGUAGAUGGUAGUUGAAUCUAUUUUAUUUUUUUUAAUUUACCCAUUUUCUAAUGUCAUGGUUCCGGUUCCCUCUGGAUCGUUUGUAUAUUAACCGCUGUAUGUAACAGUUCCAUAUCUGACACCAUUAUUGCAGCACAAUAAUGAUAUGCAUGAUAUCUUGAAAUUUGGGGGCGGGGGGCGGGGCGGGGGGCGGGGGGGGGGAAACAUGCCAAGUUGGGCAUUGCUUUGUCUUAGCAGUUUAGCGUGACGUCGACGACUAAAAUAAGUAAACACUAAACAAGGGGCCGAUUGUACAAUCUCGAAUUUGAUCAAUGCCUCCUCAUUUGGUUUGAGCAAAUCCGCAGCUCAUUCAGUCUUCCUUUUGUAGAGCAUGGUUGGGAGGAAAAAGUGCAUGCGUGUCUUUUCUCUCUCUCCCUCUUUUCUCCUUCUCCCCUUCCUCCUCCCGCGCCCUUCUCCCCCAUCCCAUCCCAUCCCUCGUCCACCUCCAUAUGGAAUUCUGUUUGCUGCCGCCCACUCUCCACGGUGCCUGGUUGAUUUUAACCGAUUUACUACCGGUUUCGUUUCUUCGCUGUCGAGAGCUGCAGUGUAUUUGGCCUCGGUGGUGGUGCACUCCAGUCCAGACGUACGUCUGUUUUCAUAGCGUCUCCGGCCCAUAGCUGCUUGUAGCGCAACUGCAAAAUCAGAGCCAACGGUGCAGAUGCGGUGCCGCUCGUGACUGUCCGAUCACUGUCCCGACAGACAGUCCGGCGUUAUGAUAGCUCAGGCACACGGAGGGUGAUUACUGGGUGGGGGAAGGGGGGGAAGGGGAGUGGGAGAGCCAGGGGAAUUGCUUUCUUAGGGGUUUUUUUUGUUGUGUUCGUUUGGUUUUUUUAAAAAUUCUUUUGCACCAGCUCUUGUUUUGUAGCUGAGCUAAGAAGGCUGCCAUUAUGGACAUUAGCUAUCCCAACAUAACCAUCUGGAGUGUGUCCAGUUUCCGUUUUCUAUAGGACCAAUUUUCAUUUGCAGCUUUGGGUUUUUAUAUGAAAUUUGCAACCUUUAGCUAUAUACCGGUAGUCUAGAUGGACCGGCUCAUUUCGGUCAGGUCACUAAUCGGGAAAGAGGAAUUUGAAUUGCUGCCAUAAUGCCGAUGUUUUUCAAAGUCUCAUAGGCUAAAAAUAUUGGGAGAUCGAUAUUUCCGAUUGAAAAAUCUGCAUUUGGCCUGUCACACCCUUGCUGUGGAGUAACUGCAUUGUGCUCUAGUCAUCUAAACUCUGUGUAACCAGAUUGUCAGUUCAAAGCACGGAACUAACUUGUACGUCCAUUUAAAAAGAACUGCAGAAUUCUGUAUUCAAACAAAUAAAUGGGAGAUGGUAUUGGUUGGAAUAACUGACUUGGCUGUCUUGUGAUGAAUUUUUAAUAUGUAUUCUGUGCCAUACUAUUGUUAAAAAUGAACUGUUGCUAUUGUGAGAUGGAUUUUAACUGACCUAUUAAGGGUUUCUUUCGAAUGGCACUACUUUAGGGACAUUCUAGUAUUUGCUUCUAUUGUUUGGGCCUUGUGGAUAAUGUACAGAUUUAAAAAAAAAAGAUCUUGUUGCUGAUUGUCCAUUUCUUUCCCUGCACUUUGUUACAUCUGGGAUACAGUCUAACUCAUCUGAUUUAAUAUGCAUUUCAAAAAAUGCCAUAACUAUUAAAAACACCUUGUUUACAGACAGAUGAAAUAAAUUUAUUCCAACCAAAUAAAA